AUGUGUGUUCCCCAAGAGGAGGUCCCUGAAGGCGAGGGGAGACCAGGACACCGGAUCACAGCCAGUGUUGUUCAGAGAGUGUCCAAACAAGAGGAAGAAAAGAUGUCCCCAGAGCAAAGAGAGGGGCCGGCUCAAAAGACGUCAUCCAAAAGGACGGGGCCCUCUGCCGCAGCACUGCCACCUGUCAUGUUAGAUCUACUUUACGUGUUCCUGCCAACAGUCCUCAGCCUUGAGCAGAGUUAUGUCCAGGUGAGCAGAGGACAGAGGCAGAGGGUGGUGGUGGUGGUGUUGGUGGAGCAGGGGCAGUGGGGAGGGGACUGGAGUGUCGGACUGUCCGCACGACGUGGAUCGAUCGGAGAGUCUCGCUGUGAAGAGCUCCGGCCGCUGAGUGAGAUAAAAGCAGGAAGUGCAGAUGUGAGCCACGAUCACCGCCUGAGAUCAGAGAUAAGAGACAGAAGUACAAACUAG